CCCAGAAGCACACGAUUGAAAAACAGGAAGAAAGCAAGCGACCGAAAAAUAAACAUGACAAUUGGAGAAGGAACAUGGAAGGUAGCCCUACUGCUGCAGGAUCUUCUAAAUUUUUUAUCUCUUCUUUGCUGCUUGGGAGAUGCACAUAUAUCUCGUUUUUCAAUUUCUCGUGGCAAAGUUCUGUGUUUUAUGCAUAAUUCUGCAGUUCGUGGAGAGUAAAUGGCGUCGUAUAUUAAUUUUUGGGUGUGCGUUUUCCUUAUAAUCUUGAUGCAAAUCAACACCUAUGCAAUUGCCGUUAAGAUCGAAGAUGUAGAAGAAAUUUCAAACAAUGAUAAUGAUAACCGAAAUGUGGAGCCCUCGAAGGUACUGCCUGCCAUUGUUGAACACGGAAGAGAGCUCACCAAAAAGGAAGAUCUUCCCGCGGAUGCAACAUUUUUGCGCCCUUCCAAGCCCUUCUCCAGAGAAAAUGUAUUAAUUGCUUCAUGGGACGGUACUGUAUAUGCUAUGAAUAUCAAAUCUCGCAAUAUUAACUGGUCAUUCUCAUCUGGCUCCUCGCUUUCAUAUCACCAAACAUAUUCUUAUGAUAAAAAUGACAAUGGUGCUGUGCUUAUUGGUGGAGAGUCUGAACUGGGUUACUCAGAUGUGAAAGAGGAUCAAUUCUUAUUUUGUGGAAAAGACUGGAACUUGAUUGCCUAUGAUAAGCAUUCUGGAACAAAGAUUCUUCCAAAGACACCAGCAGAACUCGUUAAUAGUACACCUCACAUGUUGUCAGAUGGAUCUCUUAUUCAAGGGUCUAAAACCAUGACAACAUUUCUUCUUGAUGCCAAGACUGGAAAAAUCAUCCAUGGAUAUAAUUCGGGGGGUCCAUCAGCUACAGAGGAGAUGAAAAUGUUCUUCUGUGAUCAAUCCGUGGCUUCAAAUGAAGAGAGUGAGAACAGCAGCAAACCUGGCCCCGUUGAUUUAUUAGAUAUUGAUCCUCUCCUCAUCACACGGACAGAUUAUCAUCUGUCAUCAUUUGCAAUUACAGGAAGGCCACAAUGGAAUGUGAGCAUUGCUGAAAUUGAUGCUGUUAGCAUUGGUUUUUCUAGGCCAACAUCAGAAUUGAUUAGUAGUUCACCAGUUGCUUUGACACAUCAAAUAAAGAUCAAAGUAUAUCAACCACUUCAUUAUCAGAAUGAACUUGAAUUUCAUCAAGAUUAUAGGUUGGAAAUGGACUAUGAUAAGCAGGGCAUUCUUCAGCUACCUCCUGUUGAGAACAUGCCUAUUGAAUUUAUCAGUGAAGAAAACCAAAAGGGUCUUUCAUUGAAUAAAGCAACCAGAAGUUGUGAAAUUGAAAUGAACUGUUUGGCAGAAAUUAAAAAUCUGGUAGACCAGUCUGGGCCAGCCUUUAAUGUUUAUGUGCAUCCUAAAUCACUUGAGUCAGGAUUCAUUCGAUUUGCUGUAUGUGCUACCUUAUCUACUCUUGUUCUAAUUCUCCUUGCAAGAUUAACAAUUAUUUGGUUUCCUGGAGCAUGGAAAUGCACCAAAAAUUAUUUUAGAUUGAUGGUGGUCAGUGAGAAACAAGUUGGAAGCAGCAAGAAGAAAAAAGGACGUAAAUUAAAUACCAAUAAAAAUGGAGCACCAAAUGACAGCAGUAUUGAUAAUAAACAUAACAAACUAAAAAAUGCAGAUUUGCUGAGUAGUGGCCUGACACUCUCACAAGAUAAUGGCAAUGAAACGUUGAAACAACUGAAGCAUGGAAAAGAAGAUCCUCACUCUGUCAGUUGGCGAUUGAUUGGCAGAAUGCGUGUCUCCAAUAAGGUUAUUGGUAAGGGAAGUAAUGGUACAAUAAUACUUGAAGGUUGUUUUGAUGGGAGAGAUGUUGCUGUUAAACGUCUUUUAAGAUCACAUCAUGAAGCAGCAUGGAAAGAGAUUCAAAAUCUUAUUGCAUCUGAUCAACAUCAUAACAUUGUUCGAUGGUAUGGAAUAGAAUUAGACACAGAUUUUGUCUAUGUUGCUUUGGAGCGUUGUAUCUGCAGCCUGAGUGAUUUGGUUAUAUUUCUAUCAGAAAAUGUCCCCAAUGACAUGUAUGUGGACAAUGAAGUUGCUAAUGCCCUAGAGAUUCAGAAGUUUCAGCAGAUAUCCAAGAUGUGCGCAAAAAUGAACAUAAAACUGUGGUCUGACAAGGGGCAUCCUUCUCAACAACUUUUGAAAUCAAUGAGGGAUAUUGUAUCAGGGCUUUCACAUCUGCAUGAAUUGGGAAUUAUACACCGAGAUCUUAAGCCUCAAAAUGUAUUGAUAAGCAUUGGGAAUGGCCUUUGUGCAAAACUUUCUGACAUGGGAAUAAGCAAGCAACUUGUUGGUGAUGCAUCUUCUUUGGACCAUCGCGCCACUGGCGUAGGUAGUUCAGGAUGGAGAGCGCCUGAACAACUUCGUAAUGGUCGUGAAACUCGUGCAAUUGAUUUAUUUAGUCUAGGAUGUGUUCUUUUCUUCUGCAUCACUGGAGGCAAACAUCCUUUUGGUACAGACUAUGUGCGGGAUGGGAACAUUCUGAAUGGUCAGUUUGAUCUUUUCCCCAUUGAGGAUAUGCCUGAAGCUGUUGACCUUAUAACUCACCUAUUGCAGAGUGAUGCUGAUCAAAGGCCCAAAGCAUUGGAAGUCUUGCAGCAUCCUUUCUUUUGGAGUUCAGAAGAACGCCUUUCAUUUCUUCGAGAAGCCAGUGAUAGAGUAGAGCUAGAGGAUCGGGAGAAACAAUCUGAUCUUUUGCAGGCAUUGGAAAGUAUUGCAUCUUUGGCUAUUGGUGGAACAUGGGAUGGUAAAUUAGAGAGCCCUUUCCUUGCAAACAUUGGUCGUUAUCGUCGCUAUAAGUUUGACAGUGUUCGGGAUUUGCUUCGUGUCAUUCGGAACAAGUUAAACCAUUACAGGGAGCUUCCAAAGGAUAUACAGGAACUGCUUGGUACCAUUCCUGAGGGGUUUGACAAAUAUUUUAGCAAUAGAUUUCCAAGAUUACUUCUUGAAGUUUACAAAGUUUUCUACCAGUACUGUGGGGAAGAGGAACCUUUCAAGAAGUACUUCAGAGGUUGUACAACUUAAAAAUUUGCAGGGUGCUUUUCUGUUAGCAUUCUUUGGACUGAACAUUUAAUCUAACAAAGGCAUUCGGAUGAAUUUUUGAAAGCUUGGAAUUACAGCAUCAAAGAAGAAAUUCGCUGCCAUACCUCUUAACUCUAUUAUAUUAUUAUAAUCUACACAUCCAUGUUUCCUGUUGUGAGCUCUUCCUCGAUAUCAGCAUUCAAAGGAAAUAAUUCUAAAUAUUCAUUUAAAAAAUCUAACAGCUGUACAGUACCUGUAUCAUGCUUUACUAUUUAUACAAAAAAAGACCUCUCUAAAUAUUAUGACUUGCCAUUGCCAGCUAAUUCAGGGUGGUAUGUAAUUAUGAUACUUCUGAUAGCAGAAUUUUAACAUGAAAAAAUAUAUUUACUUAUUAGUGAA